UUUUUUUACCCAUAUUAAGAAAUAGAAAAAAAAUUGAAACAUUUUCGAUGAAAAAUAUAUUUCUAAUGAAUCCAAAGGGAGUUGUUUGCAGCUGCUCCACACAAUGGUCAAAGAGACGCCUCACUGACGCCUGGACAAUAUCAGUGUAAUGAACAGGAAACGUGUGGGAUAAACCCCAGCUUGCCAGAGUGCUCCUCACGGCAGCUUGUGCUUGGCAGAGAGGGUUCGUCACGCUUCCUCCCAGUGCACUGUUGAUAUUAGCAAACGCUGUGUUUAUAGAACGCGCUGAUUUUAAUGAAUUCAUUCAUUACUCUCUCAUCCUUGUUUAUUUUUUUCUCAGUAAAGAUCUAAGCAUUUUCUAAGUGUUUACAGAGGACUGCAGCUAAUGUUAAGUGAUAGUGUUAAUUACAUGACUCAGCGCCUGUUAAAAUCUGUUCUGAAAUGUUCUAUGGACUUUAAGCCCGGACACACUGAGCUGAUUGCUGAUAAGCUGCUAGUUUAACACGACAGAAACGGUGGAAUGCAGAUUAUGGGACUCUGGGCUACAUUCCCAUCGGACUCCAUCUGGAAAGGAGAUAUAUGUUCUAUGUAUUUAAUAUGCAGUUCAUGCAUUGAAACACAUAGCUCUACAGCACGUAUGUUGUGCCUUCAUCGUACAUGUGUGAAACAUAAGUUCACACAGCUUGAGUAUUUUCCUGCCCAUUUGAAGUGCCCGUCCCAUGCUUUUUGGUUUAACCCCCGUGCUCCCUCCUGUCUCCCCUGCAGCUGCAGGACUGAGCUCCGCUCUCGGCUCCUCUCGUCACAUUAACAGCUGCAGUGCCGGAGAGGACAAGCUCUGUGACUUUGUGUGCGACUGUCCUGAGGACUGCAGCGACGAAGAGGACUGUGGGUAUGACAGUGAUCCACUCUUUAUCUGUGACUUUGAGAAGGACACCUGCGGCUGGAGAGACCAGAAUGUGCACUCCUACAAGUGGGGGAGACACAGCGGUUACAUCUCGGGGGACGGUGCUUCUGACCACACCCUGGGGACAGACCGAGGCUGGUUCAUGGCAGUGGGAGGAGUCCAUGACAACAUCCUGACCACCGCGGUGCUCGUCUCUCCACGCAUGAGGCAAGCCGCGCCUGCCUGUGAGCUGCGCUUCUGGUAUCGAGUGUGGGACUCCGGUCGCGUGGGUGUCGAUGCGGGGAGCCUGUUUGCCACGUUGAGGUCCAGCUCUCGGGAGGCUGUGGUGUGGCGCAGCGCUGGGAGCAGUGUGCGCGGCUGGAGGGAGGCCUCCAUCUUCACGGGUCGCGUCCCUGAGCCAUUCCAGAUCGUCUUCACGUCCCGUCGCAGUCUGUCCUACCCCGGAGACAUCGCCAUCGAUGACAUCAAGUUCCUCAACUGCGCCCUGCCCCAGCCUGUGUUCACGUGUCCUGACCAGUUCCUCUGCGCUGGGGGGAUGUGUGUGGAGAUGUGGCAGACCUGCGACGGGACAGAUGACUGUGGAGACUCCAGCGACGAGGGCACAGAGCUGUGCGCCCAAUACAGGAAGUGCGACUUCCAGAAUGGGACCUGUGAUUGGACUAAUCGGAAAUGGGAAAGGACCAAUCAGGCGUCAUUCAGCCCAUCUGAUCUGCUGAUAGGCCCCGCCAGAGAUCACACUGAGAACACCAAUGCAGGCUAUUUCUUGUAUAUUGGGAGCAGCAAUGGCGCCACACUUCUGAGCCCACCUAUUGAGCGCCCCAGCGAUCCAGAGUCCUGCUUCCUCGUUCUCUAUUACCACAUGUUUGGACCCCGGGCUGCCAGCCUCAACAUCUACCAUCGAACCCAAGACCCCGCGGAGCUGAUCCUAGCGAUGAGCGAGCAGGGAGAGAGGGGCGACCUCUGGGUCAGGGAGAAGGUCCACUUCGCAGUCAACACCUCCUUCCAGAUCGUGAUUGAAGGUGUUCUCGGAGGCGGUACAUUUGGGAACAUUGCGCUGGAUGAUCUGAUCCUGUCCCCGGGCUGUAGAGUCUCCAAUGACUCUCUGUCUCCAGACUGGGAGCUCCCCACAGCCGCCCCCAGCAGGUGCAACCAGGGCCAGUUUGAGUGCAGGAACGGGAGAUGUGUGGAUCACAACCUGGUCUGCGACUUCAGACUGGACUGCAGUGACCAGUCGGACGAGAUGGACUGCGGUAAUGCCACGUUUGACGUCAGUGACGGCGGUUGGAGAGACCACAGUGCUGGACGGCUGGAGUGGACAGUAAGGAAGAACACCAGCUCCUCCCGCGGUAACACUGACAAAGACUUUGCAAUGCCCUGUUUAAAGAUAGGCUGCGGUAGAUUGCUGGCACUUUGCUUUGCCCCUCUCCAGGUCGCAGUGGAUGAUAUGAAGGUCCCUGAUCUCAGAGCCUCUUUCUCUCUCCCUGCAGGAGGUCACCUGUCCCUGGCCAAGGCUCACGGUCAGAUGCUGUCCAAAGCCAUAGCUCUGAGUCCAGUCCUGGGUCCCUCAGGGCCAGCCUGUUCCAUGCAGUUCAGAUACCUGCUCCACAGCAACUCCACCUUCACAGGAGGGAUCGCAGUGAGCUCAGUGAACCAGGCUCUGGGCACGGAGGUGCUGCUCUGGCGCACUCACAGGAAGCGUGACAAGUGGACCACCGUGGCGGUCAGCGUCGGAGCGAGACCGCGAGGAUUCCAGAUAGAGAUCACCGCCCUGGUGGAUAAUUUUGCCCCCAGGGGUCAGAAGGUCGCGGUGGAUGACAUCGCGUUUCUGAACUGCAGCCCGGACCUCGAACCUCCAACUGCUGCAGAUGUGUCGUGCAACUUUGAAGAGGGGCUGUGCGGGUGGUACCAGGACCAGACUGAUGAAUUAGAGUGGACCCGUGACGUUGGACCCGGGUUCGACCACACCACCGGCUCAGGUCACUUUGUGUUUGUGGACGCCUCAUCCCCUGACCUAGGGGGGCACUCUGCUCGCCUACUGUCCUACCCCCAGCGCUCCUCCGUUGAGACCAUGUGCCUCUCCUUCUGGUACCACCUGAUGGGGCCUCAGACCGGCACUCUGUCCCUGAAGCUGAGGCUAGGGGGAGGGGAUGAGGAGACGGUUCUGUGGACGCGGUCAGGCACACAGGGGAACGAGUGGCAGCGAGGUCUCUCCCCUGUCCCGCACCAGGACCGCACCUUCGAGUUGGUGUUUGAGGCGCUGCGGGAUGGCUUCGAUGGAGAUAUCUCCCUGGAUGACAUCACCCUGAGUUCCCAGCCCUGCUCGGCUCUGCAGAGCUGCUCUUUCGAGGAGAGCCAGUGUGACUUCGUCUCCAGUGGGAGAGGGGGCUGGAGGAAGCAGAGCGGCUGGACCGGGGGCAUCGCGAGCGGGCCAAAGAUCGACCACACCCUGGAGACCGACAGAGGGUUCUAUAUGAUCGUGGAUACGAGUCAUGACGUCAUGUCAAGCGGCCAGUCUGCCAGCUUGUACUCUGGACUGACCAGCGCCCUCAGGGGGCCGGAGUGUGUACAGUUCUGGUACCACAUGAGCGGUGACAAGCCAGGCUCUCUCAGCGUGUUCGUGGAGGAGAGUGGAGAGCAGCGUGUGGAAGUGUUCUCGGAGAGCGUGGCUCAGGGAGCAGCCUGGCGCUUCGGAAACGCAAACAUCGGCGCCACGGCGGAGUGGAAGAUCAUUUUCCAAGCAGUCGGGGCUGCAGGAACCUCAUCCCACAUUGCAGUCGAUGACAUCACCUUUCGAGCCGGGAGCUGCUCCAAACCAGGUGACCUCAUAAUGAACAGAAUCACUGAGGGGUGCCGUGGCAAUCACUGGACUUUGCUGGCACUGGGACUGGACCAGUGCCGGGACCACCGGGACUGGACCAGUGCCGGGACCACCGGGAAAUACCCCGGGCCGGGUGUGGACCACACCCUGAAGACCAGGGCUGGUCACUACGUGUUCCUGUCCAGCGCGAGUCGGGCUGGGCCGGGACAGAAAGCCUGGCUGUUGAGUGAGCACCUGCCCGCCACCCAGGGCUCCUGCCUGGGCUUGUGGUACCACCUGGACUCUGCCAUCCCCAUCCACAUGGGUGAUCUCAGGGUCCUGUUGCUCAAAAGAUUCCAGUCCUUCAACAGCUGGGAGGUCAGAGGUCACACUGGGCGCUGGGCCUUCGUCAAUUUCACCCUGAAGAGCAACGAGGAGUUCCAGGUCGUGUUGGAAGCCUCCACAGGGGAGUCUGGCACCAUCGCCCUUGAUGACAUCGCGUACAGCGCUGGGUUGACCUGUGAGGGGGUGCAGAGUGACACCCCUGUCCCAGCUCCCUCUUCAUACCGCUCCUCGGGGAUCGUGGCCUCCGUGCUUGUGGUCAUCCUUUUUCUCUCCACUGUGGCCGGUGUGCUGCUGUUCCUGUACUGCCGGCACAGGGGGUCCCUGUCUGGGUGCUCUCUGUUCACGAGGUCCUCGGAGAUGCUGAGCGAGGAGACAGGCUUCGACAACACUGGAUACAGGGGGUCCCUGUCCGGGGGUACUAUGUUCAAGGGGUCCUCGGCGACAGGGAGAGAGGAGACAGGCUUCGACAACAUUGGAUACAGCCACAGUGAUGAGGACAGGAUCACAGUCCCUUCCAUGCCGGAGUCCUAGAGAGACAGCGGAGCGCCUGAUCCCCUUGUUUUCUUCUCUUUCCUCAGCAGUGGAGGCGCUGCUCAGCUGAGACAGCGCACCCUGCUAGCAGGGAGGACACCACAGCAGGAGAACUGCUUGUGUCCUCUGUCAGUCAUCUGCGCCGGGCUUCCUGGAGACAACCCAGAGACAGAACCAGCUUGAAACACACCCAGAACCAAAAACCAAUCACAAAAUAUAGCAUCGGACAGCAGGGAGGGGGAGAUGCGGAGAAGAUUUUUAGAACAAAGAAAAAUCAAAUGCAAUUAUUUAUCAUUAGUUUGUCGUACAGUAGAAGGAUUAUCCCUGUUCGCAAUGUUGUAAUUCUUGAGUUAUGUAGAGAAUUUGUGAAAUUUGGCUAUUUAGUUAGAAUCAAACUUUAUUUAAUUCCUUAACACAAGCUUUCAAAACUCUGUGAAUCAGACACGCUUUCUCAAAACAAGCUUUUAAUGCUUUCUAGCGUCUUAAAUGAUCGAUAUGAUACAUAAGUAUAUAAUCAUAUUUUCAUGUCAUGAUAUAUAAAUCUUACAUGAAUAAAAAUGUGGCAUUAAUAAGAUGAUAUCUGUUGAGGGAAAGGGCUGGAGGAACAUGGUGCAACAAUGUCGGGGGGCGAGAUUUACAACCAAGCACACCUUCCAGGCAGCGUUGUCUGCAAGGCAGACAGGGGCUUAAAAAAGAGCCGACAACUUUUGGUGAUGACACAGGGAAAAGCACCUCUCUCGCUCAACAUCUGAAGCUCGGAAUUGCAAAUUGAAAACGCGUCAUAUUUCAAACAGUAAGCUGGCUUUCCAUCUCAGUCAAGGUGACCUCAUUGCCGGCGAGUGAGGGGAGGGGAAACGGGGUUCUAAAAAUACCACCCCGUCCUUGUCCCCGAGUCCCGGGCAGCGCAGGUAAUUAACGCGCAGGUGAGCGAAUCAGACUCCGGUCUCAAUCUCUUCAGGAAUCGGGGCGUCGUGCAGAGAGAGUGGACGCGGGCAGAUUAAUUAUAUAAUUCAUUAGCAAUCACCUCCGAGAGCAACACAGUCCUGAUUAUUAUUAUUAUUAUUAUUAUUAUUAAUGAUGUAGUCAUUUCUAUUGUUAUUAUUAACACAGAACGUCAGUCUGACGUCAGCGCCGCUUUUUAAUAUGCGGUUUUAAAUCCGGACAGCAGAGAGAAAGACAGCGACAAACUUUUCAACAACUCGGCAGCCGACAACAGACCGGGAAGUGAACCCAAGCAGGUAGUGUACAAACCCACAGCGAGGGCAAGUGGUACCCCAUUCCCCCGUUAACCAGACCUUACCCCUGGAGACGCGCCCCGGGUUCGUUUUGGUAUGGCUUGUUAUUCCCAUAUCGCAAGCCGCUGAAACGCUGCGCUAGCGGGCCUGCAGUAGCACUGUUUGAUACUCCGCGCUGAAAGAGAGAAGCGCUU